UUUCCGUGACCCCGCAUGGAUAACUCUCCCCCCGCUCCCCCCCCUUCCCCGCCUCGGCUUUGUUUCAGGGGCCGGACGAAGGAUGCCGACUCUCCGGCCCCUCCAGCCAAGCUGCCCCCUCCGGGAAGGAAGGAUGCCCCGGAGCUUACCCCGAAGGGGCCGAGGAGCCCGGCUAGCCGCUGCCACGGCGGGGACAGCCGAGCCCCCGGGCUCCUUCGCCGGGAGGGAGGGAGGAAGGAGCCCGGCGAGCCCGGGGCCGGGGCGGGGGGGAGGCGCCCGCGCAUGCCUGCCGCCGGCCGUGCCCCCCGCCCGGGCUAGGCUGGGCUCCGCGCAGCCGUUGCCGGCCGCGGCGGGCAGGGAGGCUGCGCCCCCGCGCAGCGAUGCGCUCUCCCCCCGGUCGGAGCGGAGAACAAAGGAGCGCCGCCCGCCGCCCGCCGCCAGCCCCGGGCCGAGCCGCGCCGUUCCCCGCGGCCACCUGCUGCUCCGCGCCCCGGCGGAGCCCGGCGCCUCCCUGCGCGGAGCGGCGGCCGCGGUAGCGGGGCGGGGGGGACCGGGGCGGCGGAGCUGUCCGGGGCGGCGGGGCCCUGUCCGUGGUGCUGCCGCCGGGAAGCCAGCCCAGCCCUCGCGUGGAUCCCGUGCCGCGGGGGAAAGGGCACCCUCGGAUCCGAGUCAGCCCCGCAGCUGCCGCGCCCGCCCCCGGCUCCGGAGCGACGGGCGCGGCGCGGCCCCGAGGCAUCCUGUUGCGCCGGGUCCAAGGCGAGGAGGGGAGAAAAGCGCCGUCUUCCGACAGAGCCUCUUCCCCGGGCGGAGGUUCCCUCCUGGCUCGGAACAAUGGCUGCGCUGCCAAGGCUGGUUUGUGCGUCUUCGGUCGCGUUGGUGGUCUGGGCUGGUUUUUGUUCUGCAGUAUGUGUUGAAGUUCCAUCAGAGACAGAGGCUGUCCAAGGAACGCACAUGAAGCUACUCUGCAUCUCCUGCAUGAAGAGGGAAGAGGUCACAGCCAGCACGAUGGUGGAAUGGUUCUACAGGCCGGAGGGUGGAAAAGAUGAACCUAUCUACAAGUACGAGAAAAAGAUCCAUGAAUUUCCAAGCCGCUUCAGUGGUCGGUUACAGUGGAAUGGCAGUAAAGACAUGCAGGAUGUAUCCAUCACUGUGCUAAAUGUGACCUUGAACGAUUCGGGUGUCUACACCUGUAACAUCACCCGGGAGUUUGAGUUUGAGAUUCACCGACCUCUCUUCACAAGCUCCAGAGUGAUCCACCUCACCGUGGUGGAGGAGGCUGGAGAAGACUUCACCUCGGUCAUCUCUGAAAUUAUGAUGUAUAUUCUGCUGGUCUUCCUCACCUUAUGGCUACUGAUAGAAAUGGUCUAUUGCUACAGGAAAGUCUCUAAGGCAGAGGAGGCUGCCCAGGAAAAUGCGACAGACUAUCUUGCGAUUCCAUCAGAAAACAAGGAAAACUGUGCCGUGCCUGUGGAGGAAUAGCAGAGAGGAGUCAGCGGAACAAACGGCACCAAGGGGCUCUGAAGACAGAAGGACCGCGUCAUGCCAGCCAGGUUUGAGGGGGAGCUCUGCGCCGUCGGGAGGAAAUACGGGGAAGUGUAAAUUCUCUUCCGUUUGCCUUGGACUCUGUACAGCCUUGACUUUGGCCUCAUGACUCCAUUCUGAGCUGCCAGCCCAUUUGCUAAAGGACUCUUCUUUUGAAGCAUGCUGAGCAAAGGGCACAGGGGUGCGGGCAGCACGGCUCCUUCCCAAGUUUCAGUCCCAUCAUCACGUUAAUGGCUUUGUAAAUGUUAAGUGUCAUUUCUUAGCUGCUGUCACCACCUUUAUUUGCUAAAUAUGCUAGUUCUCCAUUGCAGAGGUAAAGGGUAUGUAUUUCAUGUUACUCUGACCUGCAGGACUGGGAAUGCUGUCAUCUUAGGGUGGUGUUCCACCAUAUGUUACAGCCCAAGCAGUCUUAUCAGUGUUAAAAUGGGAAGAAUUUAGUUGGUUGUUGCUCGGUAAGUUGCUCUGGACUUCGGGCUGCCCAUGCACAGGCAGAGUAGGAUGAGGACUGUGAUGCAGUAGAAUUGUUGAAAAUGCGUAGUAGGAAGGACGAGUCCCUGUGCCAUGUUCACACUUGCUUCUGAAGGAGGGAACUGAGAAUAUAGAUCCUGAAGCACUCCUACUUUGGGAGGCGGUAUGACGUAAGUAUAAGAAUCCCCUGUACCCCCCCCCCCCCCCCUUUCACUUAGCAAGUGUCAAAAUUCUUAGUUCCUUCCAUUUGCCUUGCAUAGCAGGUUUACUCCUCAAGUAUGCAGAGACACAGGGAUAGGAAUAACCUGCGGAGCCACGUUCUGCAACAACAGGCAAGCCAGUAGGACAAGGUAUGCAGUUCACCUGUUUCUGGGGAAACCCCCGAAAGGAAGACAGUCUGAUGCAAGUAGGCAAGGAAAGUAAAUAGGAUGCACAGCCCUCACAGGAAAAGGACAGACAGCUUUGUAAAAUGGUAGUACUUUUUGUAACUGUGAUAGUCUUCUCAUACUACAGUGUAGCACCACCUAGAGGAAUAGAUAGAAAACGCUUAUUUUUUCCUAGUUAAUAGUAACUCUUUUCUUGUGAUAAUUAGUCACUGGUUUGAAUAGUCAGCAUUCGUUGUAAGUGAUCUGCUGCUGCACAGGAAUCACGCUGUAAAUUCAGUGUUUCCCAUGCAAACUUACCUUUUCAAUUGUAGUGGAUUAAGCGGAGUAAAAUUUGUUUUCUGGCCUCAAGUGUAGAUCAGUUGAGCUCAACAACUAGGAUUACAAGGAGGAAAAAAAGGCAGAAACAUUGGCCAGGGUGGAAUUGUACCUUAAGACAAAAUGGGGAAAGGUUUGUAUUUUUCAUAUAACAGAUGUUGUUACAUCCCUGCUGCAAUGGAGCCUGUACUGCUUGCAAGACUUGACAAAUUUUGCUACACUGACCGCUUUUAAAUAGUUACAAAGUGCUUGUGAAUCAAGGCAUGCUUCCCACCUAUGGAAUUUCCUCUGCUUUGUUCUGCUGCUUUUUAUGUGUUGCUAAAAUCACAGAAAUUACUCCAUUUGUAAGUCAGUCCCAGGCCAGAUUUCAAACUGGCAGUUGUUCAAAAUUCCUUUUUUAGAGUGGGUGUCAACUUUAGUAAACUACUACAAUCCAGAGCUGAGUCUGGCAACUUGAGUGCAUUUUCCAGAUGAAGCACACUGGUAGUCUGGGCAUUGGUUCCUUAAAACUUAAUACCCAAAAGGGGAAAAAGCAGCUCCUCUUCUAAUUCAGCUGGAUGUCUUCAUUUUCCCUAGGCCAACUUGCCUGGCCUCGGGACAAUUUUGGGCAUAAUCCUAACUCUAAACCCACAGCAACAGAGGAGGGACUAGACUGUGACUCCAGUGUUUCCGUCACUGACUGUGGCAUUGAUGAUGCCCACAGUGAUUUUUAGGUAAGGUCACGUAACCUCUCUCCCACCUCAGUCCCUGUGAAGCAUUGAUAACCGUCUGGUGUCAUAAUGUUAAGUCAAAAAAGGAGUAAACUGAGAAAUUCUCAAGAGCUACCUCAGGUGGUAGAGAAGGGCCAUCCUCUAGUCCUGCACCUUCUGGUAUCUUACGCGCAUCUUCUUAAGAUGCUUUUUUUGGACAUAAUCUUUCACUUUUCCAGUUCCUGCAGACAGAUAUGACUAUUGCCCUCUGUUGUUCUAGGCAGGAGAAAAUGGUGUCUGAAUUUUGCUCGAGAUUCUCACAGAAAAAAAACCCAAAAAUAACCAAAAAAGAAAGGGGGAUUUUUCAAGGGUGGUCUUAAAGGCAGGCUGUGUCCUGGAAGAGAUGGUCCUGGUUGGUCUCUGAAAAGACUCUCUCUGUAUUUGGAAAUGACAGAAGAGACUUUAGAAUAGGCAGGAUAAUAAAAAGAACAAAGCACUCACGA